GCAAAACGCAGCGCCGAGGGUCAAGAGCAGUCCCUAGCCACCCGAGCGCACCGUGAGGAAACCGGAGAAAGUGCACGGGACCACAGAAGCCAGAGGAAACGCUCGGGGCAGCCCAUCACGGACCAGGAGCGAGCAUAAUGGAGGGAGAUGAGUUCUCCCUGCGGACAUCGUCGCCGCGCAUCGUAUCGAAAGCACCCCCCAAAACGCCGGAGAAGCUCCAAUUACCGCAGCUCUCCACAAGUUCGAAGGGCCUCUCGAACGUUGAGAUCGCGCGCCAACUCUUGAAGGAGGAGCUCGCGCAGCACAAACAGAAAAAACCACCAGCGGAACCAACAGCCUUCUCCCGCCUAAGCGUGAGGAACCUACCUUGGAAACGCAAGGGCUUCCUCAAGGACCACCGCAAGCCCUGGGAGCCGCCGAAGAUUGCCCUUAAGCAGACCAUCGUCCGCGACAAGGCCGCGAACUGUAUAAUAAAGUGGUGGUGUUAUCAUCGUCAGACUUUGUACAUGUAUCGGUUGCGGGUGCUGUUCUACCAGCACCAUAAAGUAUCAAGAAGGCGCGUCGUGCGCUUUGGCGAGGAGCAGAGGUGCGCUUUAAGGGCGCAGGCCCAGAGUUUCAAGGACCAUGCGGACGCGCUGUGCGGCGAAGCCUCAAAACGGGGCGGCGACUGGCGUCAGAUGUUAGAUGACCUGGCGGCGACGCGGCAUCAGAUAGCGAGCCAGCGGAGUGACAACGCGAGGGAGCACGCCGAACAGAGCGAGCGGCGGGCGCGCGACAUCGACGACGAGGAAGAGCGACAUAAACGUGAGGCAAAAGAAGCUGCGCAACAACGGACGGAGGCAUUCAACGCCGAGCGGGAGGCUUUGGCAGCUCGAAAGGCGGCGGACGCUCAUAAACUUGCCGUCGACCGGGCCGAGAUCAAGGCCAACAUGGACUUCAAGUGCGGCGUCGACCCGGUCAGACGGUUCCUCGCGGGACUCGCGGGCAGCGUGGCGGACAGAGUCCAGCUCGCCGAGGCGCCCGCGCCGGCACCCCUCGUCGAGGCGCCGGCGCCGGCGCCCAACGCCGCCGCGCCGGCGCCGGCGCAGGGUGGCGUUUACGUGGAUCCGAUGACGGGCGUGUCUUACGGAGCGGACUACGUCGUCGGCCCGCCGGCGGACGAGGCCGACCUGCGGGAGAAGAUGCGCGCGGACUUUAUUCUGUUGAUGCGGGCACAGUCAUUACUACCCGCGCCGACGAAGGCCCUGCUCAAGUUCUAUGCCAAGGCCUGGGACGAGGCGCCGCCGGCGCACUGGUCCGACGUCAUCCGCGGGUUGUGUGAUGAGGGCCUCGUCCAGGCCACGCGCGACGCGGCGGGGGAGCCCGUCGAGGUCUGGUUCUAGUCGUCUAAAUAAUCGCUGUGUUUA